AUGGCACUCCAUGCAAACUCAAGAGGUGGAGCUCUGAUGGAAUACAUCAGAGCCCCAAGGGCAAAAUACACAAUAGUAGGAGAAGCUAUACGCCACGUCAUCCCUGGACAUAUGCAAUGUUCAAUCGGCUGUGGAGGUCAAACCUGCAAGUAUGACAACCCAAAUUACUGGAGUGAAGACCAACAGGCUAUACAAGGCCUUUACUCAUCCUGGGUUACUGAUCAUCUUCUCGCUAUGUCCAGACCAUCAACAGAAUUAAUUAAGAAAUAUAACAUAAUUGAUCAGUUCAAAAGGAAUGGUAUUAAAACAGUGGUCAACCUACAGAUACCUGGUGAACAUGCCAGCUGUGGAAACCCUCUGGAGCCAGGCAGCGGCUUCUCAUAUAACCCAGAGGCCUUCAUGGAGAACAAUAUUUAUUUCUACAAUUUUGGCUGGAGUGACUAUGGGGUGGCAAACCUCACUGCUGUGCUGGACAUGGUGAAGGUCAUGGCCUUUGCAUUGGAGGAGGGAAAGAUAGCUGUCCACUGUCACGCUGGUCUUGGCAGAACAGGUGUACUGUUAGCAUGUUUCUUAGCCUUUACCACCAGGAUGACUGCUAACCAGGCUAUUUUAUAUGUGCGUGCUAAACGCCCUGGCUCCAUCCAGACCCGAGGUCAACUGCGUUGUGUCAGAGAGUUUGUCCAGUUCCUUUCCCCUUUGAGGAGUGUGUUUUCCUGUGCUGAACCACGAUCCAAUCCAGUCACCCUGUCCCAGUACCUAAACCGCCAGAGACACAUACUGCACGGCUAUGAGAGGAAAGAACUGAGGUACCUACCAAAAAUUGUCCAAUUAGUGUCCAGGCUGCUAUUGGACAUUGCAGAGAAUCGACAGGUAAUUGAGGAGGACAUUUUGGAGGCACCCGAUAUUGAUGACAUUGAAAUGACACUCAGCAUCAUUGAGAAGAUGGGCUCUGAUUUAUGUGUAAAGGAGCCCCGCUUACCAGGUUCUCCCACCUUACCCAGACAUUUCAAUGAGCCACCCAUUUUCUACCAUCGAAAAAGUCUGAGCUACAGUGAGUCAGACUUGACGCGAUUGGGCUCGCAGCUCAACAUCCUCUCACCUCUCAGCUCUCUCUCGCAGAGUAAUGUGGUCAAAGACCUUUCUCCAUCUGAGGCCGUUCUCCCUGCAAAGCGGUCUCCAAGUUACAGUAACAGUAACACAUCUGAAAUCUCAUACAGCUCAGCAGGCUCACUCUGGCAAGUCAAGAAUGUUGGAAGCCCAAAAGAUGUAUCUGUUCUGUUAAAGAAAGUGAAGAAGAAAACCAUCCAACGCACUGAGUCUAUGAGAAACGAAGGACCGGUCAAAAAGGGUAGCAUACUGUUUAGGUGGAGGGCAGAACAGAGGGAGGAGUUAGCAACAAAUGGGGAGAGAUCACAAGGCGUAGAGGAAGAGCAAUCAGAGGUUCCCUUUAUCACGCUGCAGUCAGAGUUGUCCCUGGAGGCCAGGAGGUUGUUGGUGGCACAAGCCCUGGCAGUGGACCUUUUUCUUGAUGGGGAAGAAGAGCACAAGAGCAGAGUCUUAUCCUGGCAGGCAGAGCUGAACCAAGGCGGUGCAUGGGAAAGGCUGUGUAUGGAACGUGAUCCCUUCAUCCUCACUGGGCUGAUGUGGGCAUGGUUGGAGCAGCUUAAAGAGCCAGUUAUUGGCCUCCAGGAUGUCCAAGCCCUGAAACCCUAUAAUGGAGAUGCUAAAACUGUUCUCAACACACUUGACCAGGCCCCUAAAGAAACCUUAACAUGCAUACUAGAUUGCAUGGCUCAUAUGUUGAUAAUACCUGAAGAGGUUGAAAAUACAUUCCUGAAUCGUACUAUCAAGGCUUUCACUUGGAUGGAAAGUAACUCAGUGGAUGGAUACAAUGUAUACGAGUCCAUGACUUCAGUCCUAAGGUGCGUCCUUGAGGACUUGAGAUUUAUAGCCAUUGAAGAAGAUGAGAAACCUUCCCUUCCUUCCCUCCAUAUCGAGGCAUGA